AUGCUGGAGGCUGCUGAACUAAAGUUCUUAGAACAAGGAUUAAAGAAAGUUGGCGUGUGCACUCAAGGAUACCUAGAAUUUCAGAAGCUCUACCAAUGGCAGCCAAAGAGGAAUUCAAUAUGUGCCCCAGGAAGUAGCACUGCCUUCAACAUCUCCAGCACCACGGGAGUUGUCAUCGACACCGCCAACAGCUUUCCCGUCAAGAAGACCCCCACCGGGUUAACCAAAUGGUCCUUGAACCCCAAAGUGGAGGUCAUGGUGAUGUUGAGUGCUCCGAGCUCGACCAUCAACGAGGAGAAGGUUCGGAUUUCAUACUAUGGACCCAAAGCAGGCCCUGUAGUGGGCAAGGCUGUUCUCUACCUCACUGGAGUUGACAUAUGCCUGGAUGCAGAUACAAGACGCAGUGGUAAAGUCACCCGAAGCCCAAGGGAGAUGGACAAGAGAAACUGGACCUGGGGCCCUCGGGGCCAUGGUGCUGUCCUGCUGGUCAACUGUGACCGGGACGGUCCCCAAGCUGCAGGCAUGGACAAGGAUGAUGACAAGGUGCUCGGCUGUAGAGACCUGAAGGACAUGUCCUUGAUGGUGCUGAGAACACGGGGCCCUGAGGAAUUCUUUGCCCAACACAAGUUGAUUUUGCACAUCCCCACAUCCAAGAUGAAUAAAGUCAGAGUUUUUCAAGACAAAAGUGAAGGUUUUCAGGCCCAGUUUGAAAUGGUGCUGGGGCCGCACAAGGCCUCCUACGUACUGGAGCCGGUGAAUGGCUGUGAGGAUAGAACCUUCUAUAUAGAGGGGCUCACUUUCCCCGAUGCCGACUUCUCCGGCCUGGUUUCCUUCUCGGUCACAUUGCUGGCCCGGGCCCAUCAGGAUGUCCCCGAGUUCCCGAUCUUCGAAGACACGGUGGUGUUCCGAGUGGCUCCCUGGAUCAUGACUCCCAACACUCUGGCCCCUCAAGAGGUGUACGUGUGCAGCAUAAAAGAAAACCAGAGUUUUGUUGAAUCCGUGACAGCUCUUGCCAAGAAAGCUAAGUGCAAGCUGACCAUCUGCCCUGAAGAGGUAAACGAUCUGGACGUGUGGAUCCAGGACGAGAUGGAGGUCGGCUACAUCCAGGCUCCUCACAAAACACUGCCUGUCGUCUUUGACUCCCCGCGAGAUGGAGGGCUGAGAGAUUUCCCUUUCAAGUAUGUGUUGGGCCCAGAUUUUGGGUAUGUGACCCGAAACUCAGGAUCAGAAUGGGUCGACGGUCUCACUUCCUUCGGCAAUCUGGAGGUCAGUCCUCCCGUCAGCGUCCGGGGUAAGGAAUACCCUCUGGGUCGGAUCCUCGUCGGCAGCAAUAUCUUCCCCAGGAUCGGCGGCCGAGAGUUAGUCAAGCCUGUGUGGGACUUCCUCUGCGCGCAGAAAGUGCAGGCCCCCAUCGAACUCUUCUCUGAUUGGCUCCUCGUGGGCCACGUGGAUGAGUUCUUGAGCUUCGUCCCAGCCCGGGAUGGAAAGGGUUUCCGGCUUCUCCUAGCCAGCCCCGUUGCCUGCUUCCAGCUCUUCCGGGAGAAGCAAUUGGAGGGUCAUGGAGCUGCAGUGAUGUUCGAACAGAUUGAAGGAAAGGAAAAGAAAACCAUAGAUGAUAUUCUGUCGGACCAAACCCUGAGAGCACACAAUAAAUACGUGCAGGGUUGUAUCGACUGGAACCGAGAAAUCUUGAAGAGAGAUUUGGGCCUGGUUGAACGAGACAUCGUUGAUCUCCCACAGCUUUUCCAACUCGUUAAAAAUAACCCUUCAAAAAAAUGCAAAGCUGAAGCUUUCUUCCCAGACAUGGUGAACAUGGUGGUCUUGGGGAAAUACCUGGGGAUCCCCAAGCCCUUUGGGCCCAUCGUCAACGGUCGCUGCUGCUUGGAAGAGAAGGUCCGGUCCCUGCUGGAGCCGCUGGGACUCAACUGCACCUUCAUCGAUGACUUCUUCACCUAUCACGAGAGGAAGGGAGACGUCCACUGCGGCACCAACGUCCGCCGGAAGCCCUUCUCUUUCAAGUGGUGGAACGUGGUCCCCUGAGCCGGUGCCUCUCCCAGCACCCUCUCUGCUUCUUUCCAUCCAGGCCAGGGAGGAAACACGCCAACUGCAGCAAAGCAGAUAUGAUCAGACCAAGAGACGCAUUACAGUGAAGUUCCGGCAGCCUGGUUUAGACAAACCCACACUUGCUUAAACCACUCUGCAGUGGUCUCUUCCUUUGGCCUCUGACUCCAGUUGCUUAGCUGGAAGCAGCAGCAACUCCCAAGAUGGUGCUAAUACGAAAGCCAGACCACGGCCCGGCCCAAGAGCCCAGUAGCAGGGUCCUGCUGCCUGAACAGCAACCGAACUAAGCUGCAGUAAAGGUUUGACUUUGGUUUUCCUUGUUCCAUGUCACCUUGGAAGAUUCCCCUUAUAAAACAUGUUCCAGGAUGCCUUAGCCUUCAGCCAUCAGUCAUCCUUAGGUGAUCGGCAGUGAGAGCUGCUGUGAAAUUGAGUCCUGUUGCACAUAUUUGUUUAAUUUUUGCUUUGUAGAUCGGGAACCACAUUUCCCAGCUCUCCCCCACUCUACAGAAUCUCAAAAGUACCACAUCUGAUGGCAGGGAACACUGUUGGAAGAUUUAUAAGGCCAGUAUGUUGGAUGGAAAUUUCAUCUUUUAGAAACCUCUAUUGAUCCACAGCUUAAUUUCUUUUAGGCUCAGUCUAAAUACUCUUAGUUCUAGAGCAGAGUUCUGUUCUAAGUUGAAUGAUGAAUAAAAUGCCCUUUUCAGGCUGAAUGAAGAGCCUCACUUAGCCUAAUGCUCUUCAAUCAAUGGUAUUUGA